CUUCAUUUUCACACAAACCUCCUGUGUCACUGUGUUAUCUGUCAGAUCUGCACACACACACCCCUCCAUUACACUGCUUGGCUAUUAACUCAUCAUCCAUCACUAUCUAUUCAUAAAUUUUCUUCAUACCUUUCUCAUUUCUAUUCUAUAUCAUUAUCAUACUGUGAUGAUCUUCGAUUGAAGCUGGAAUAAAUGUGGAUAUUGUUUUAUAAAGAAAUGGGAAUGCGUGUAAUUUCUGUUCCCUCUAUGUUUCUGAUUCUGAAGGAUUGAUUAGCUUCAGCUUCAUUCAAUAAGCUCCACCUACCCCAAGUAAGCAACAAUGUCAGAAAUGCGGGUUUCUGAUCUCCACUUGAAGAAGGAGCUCACUCAAAUUCGCAAAGCUGCUCGUGUUUUGAGGGAUCCUGGUACUACUUCUUCGUGGAAGUCGCCACUUAGUUCGUCGAGAUCUGCUGCGGCUGCUUCCGCUUCUGCUUCUGCAUGGAAGAACAAUGGCAACUCACAACUUCAUUCUCAGUUGUCUCUUCCGAGUGGGAGCAACAAUGGGAAGGACAAGAUGGUGUUCUUGUACAAUUGGAAGAAUUACAAAUCGUCAAGUGAGAAACACAAUGGCGAUGAUAAAGUCGAAGAAGAAGAAGAGUAUGACGAAGAUGGUGGUGGAAACGAUGGAUCUUCGUCUCUUCUGUGUAGUUUCGAGGAUAGCCUCAGUGAUGCUCGCAAUGGUUGCGAUUCCAAGAGCGACACUUGCUUAGGGGUUGGCGGGAGUGGGAUUCGUUCUUCCAUUUUCAGGUGUAAAGAUGCGAAUCCUAUCGCGUUGGGCACGCCAUCGACCAGAAGAGCACUGGAGAUUAAGAAAAAGAGUAAGAAAAGCAAAAAUGCCCAUUUGGAUAUUCAAAGAAAAUAUCAGCAAAGAGAAACCAAUCUUGGCAAAGCUUUUGUGAAUCGCAAGCAUCGUACUCAUCGGUCAAUAGGUUAUAGCCGGGAGGACUCAGUUGGGCAGUCUGAUGAUACUGAAGAUUACUGCAACUAUGAAGAUUUAACACGAAACGCAGGGCCGUCUCCUUUGCUUUUGAAGCUCAAGCAUAAGAAUUGGUCUCGCCCUAACUCUAAUUUAUUGAAAAGUAAUAGAAAAGAGGAUUCUUCUUAUAGUACUCCUGCAAUGUCUACCAGUUCUUAUAAUAGGUUUGGUCAACAUAAUCCUAGUACUGUUGGAUCCUGGGAUGGUACGACAACCUCGGUAAACGAUGCUGAUGAUGAAGUAGAUGAUCUUUUGGAUUUGCCUGGUCGUCAAGGAUGCGGUAUUCCUUGCUAUUGGUCAAAGAAGACUCCAAAACAUAGAGAUAUGUGUAGGAGUUGCUAUUCACCUUCACUUUCGGACACUCUUAGGAGGAAAGGAAGUAGCAUGCUUUGUGGAAGUCAAACUAUCUAUCCUAGACACCGAAGAUCCUUGUCAAGCUCUCACAAGCGGAGAAUUUCCUCAAGGAGCGCUCAAGGUGUUCUCCCAUUGCUCACUAACAGUGAUGAUGUUAGAGGGUCAUCUCUUGCAACUGGCAUAAGUGAUGAUGAACUUUCUACAAACUAUGGGGAGCUUGAUCUUGAGGGCAUAAGCAGGUUGGAUGGAAGAAGGUGGUCCACAAGUUGUAGGAGUCAAGAAGGAUGGGAGAUUGUAGCUUUCAAUGGAGAAGGGGAUGGUGAUGGCACUCCAGAAAGUAGUAGAAGUUACAGUCAAAAGUAUAAGCCUGUGUUCUUUAGUGAAUUGAUUGGGCAGAAUAUUGUGGUCCAAUCACUUAGGAAUGCAGUUUCAAGAGGUCGAAUUGCUCCUGUUUAUCUUUUCCAGGGUCCACGUGGGACUGGUAAAACAUCAACGGCCAGGGUUUUUGCUGGUGCAUUGAAUUGUAUUGCUCCUGAUGAAACUAAACCUUGCGGCUACUGCAGGGAAUGUGCAAAUUUCAUUUCUGGAAAGAGCAGGGACCUUUUGGAAGUUGAUGGAAGCAAUAGAAAGGGGAUUGAUAGAGUUAGACAUCUAUUGAAAAGAUUAUCAGUUAGGUCUUGUUCAGCCUCCUCACGAUACACGGUCUUUGUUAUUGAUGAGUGUCAUUUGUUACCCUCUAAGACAUGGUUGGCAUUUCUUAAAUAUCUGGAAGAUCUACCUCAGCGAGUUGUGUUCAUAUUUAUAACAACGGAUCUUGACAAUGUACCCCGAACAAUACAAUCUAGAUGCCAGAAGUACCUUUUUAACAAAAUUAAAGAUGCAGAUAUAGUAGCACGGCUGAGAAAAAUAUCUGCUGAGGAGAACCUGGAUGUUGAAACAGAUGCGUUGGAUCUUAUUGCUACGAAUGCAGACGGUUCACUUUGGGAUGCAGAAACUAUGUUAGAACAGUUGAGCUUGCUGGGAAAAAGAAUUACUGCUAGUCUUGUCAACGAACUAAUGGGGGUUGUUUCAGAUGAAAAAUUACUAGAACUAUUGGAGUUAGCAAUGUCAUCAGACACUGCAGAAACAGUGAAAAGGGCCAGAGAAUUGAUGGACUCUGGAGUUGAUCCAAUUGUUUUGAUGUCCCAACUGGCAAGCCUCAUUAUGGACAUCAUUGCGGGAUCAUAUACAGUCAUAGAUGACAAACCUGGUGAUUCAUUUUUUGGCGGACGAAGUUUGAACGAAUCAGAGUUGGAGAGAUUAAAGCAUGCUUUGAAGCUUCUCUCGGAGGCUGAGAAGCAGUUAAGGACUUCUAGUGAACGCUCGACAUGGUUCACAGCUACUCUGCUACAGCUUGGUUCAAUGCCUUCGCCAGAUAUUACUCAGACCACCAGCAGCAGGAGGCAGAGCAGCAAGACAACUGACGAUGAUCCAUCAAGUGCUUCAAGAGAAGUAACUGCUCACAAGAACAAAUCAGAUGUUCAGUGUAUGCCUCAGAAAUCAACAUCGCCUGCAUCUCUGCAGAAAGCUGUAAAUAGCGAUCCCAGCCACCAAAGGCAGUUAUCAUCAAAGUUCGAUGGUUUCAGCUUGAAUUCGAAGCCGUCAAAUAGUCCAGUCAUAGAUGAUGACACCGCACCAGUUUCAUUUGAUGAUCAUAGAGUUAGUAAUGUUACAUUUAGAUGCAUAGAUUCGGGGAAGUUACGUGAUAUCUGGGCACGUUGUAUUGGAAGGUGUCACUCAAAGACAUUGCAGCAGCUGCUACAUAAUCAUGGAAAACUUGUAUCCAUGUGUGAAGUUGAAGGCCUGCUGGUUGCAUAUGUUGCAUUUGGGGAUGCAGAUAUUAAACUUAGGGCUGAAAGGUUUUUGAGCAGCAUAACAAAUUCCAUGGAAAUGGUUUUGAGACGAAAUGUAGAGGUCAGAAUUAUCCACUUGCUUGAUGGUGGAGGUGAAAAUCAGAUCAAUCUAUCUGGCUCAAAACAGGCAGAAUCAAUAAUAGCAAAUGAGAAGGAGCAUAGAGAAGGUCAUACAAGAGGAAGAGACACUUUUUCGGAUUUACCUCCUUUGCUGGAUGGAAACUUUCAAUCUACCAAUGAUUCGUCAGAUUUACUGGUUGAUGGAAAUGGUGCAAGAGAGAGAUCAGAUAUUCCAAUGCAAAGGAUUGAAUCCAUUAUUCGUGAGCAGAGGCUGGAAACUGCUUGGUUACAAGCUGUAGGAAAAGGCUCCCCAGGAUCAUUAAGUCGCUUGAGACCUGAAAAGAAUCAGGUCCUGCCUCAGGAAGGUAUCUACUGUAAAGACCCAACUGAGUCUAUGGACUCAAUGAGGUUUUCCUCUCAGCAUAGGGAAGAUGACAUCAGUCAUGAAGUCAAAGUUUUGAAAGCUAAAACUGGAAGGGUCCUUCAAAAGGAUCAGAUUGGAAUUGGAAGAAGGGCUGACUGUUACUCCAUGUCCCCUAGUUUAUUGCAUGAUGGCAGUUUAGUGACAACUUCCAUCAAAGACAGUCUGGGAUAUGAAUCAGGCCCAGGAGCAAGAGGUUGUAGUGGAUUUUUGUGUUGGAACAACUCCAGCCGUCGAAGGGUAAAGCAGGUAAAAGGUACCCCAGUGCGGAAAGUGGGGCGCUUUUCAAUGUUUGGUGAGUGUGGUAAGUCAAAGAGAAAGAGUUGAGAAUCUGACCCUGGGCACGUUAUUCAGAUCUAGUUUUGCCUAUAUACUUCCUUUUUUUCUUCAAAAAGUUUUGUGUAGGUUUAUUUUUCCCCUUCCAUUUGAGCGAUUCUUCAAGGAUGUGAGUGAAAAAAUGUAGAGGUUAUUUAUGUUCAUCUUGUGUUCCUUUUGCUCCAUCCCUUAUUUAAGAAAUCAAUAAAGCGGGACAAAGAAUGAACACCUUUAUUUCCCUUUCCCCAAUUUCGUUAUUUUCAGUAUUCUGUGAGAAA